AGGACGAGCGGUCGCGAUUGGCUGCCGCUCGCGGAACGGCACCUACGGAUUGGGCAGGGGCUGGCGGCGCGAGGCCUGCUGGUGCGCGCGGGCGGCUGGCUCCCGACGCUCGGCCGCCGCCAUGUGGAGCGGGCACGGUACCUUCGACGGCGGGUACGGCACCGUGGGCACUUCGGGGCCUCCGGGAGGCUACAUGCAGUCCCCGGGCGGCUUUGGCUCCCCCGCUGGCACGCAGGCGGAGAAGAAGCAGAGAACCCGCUCCCAGAACAUCGUGCCCUGCACCGUGUCGCAGCUGCUGGCAGCCGAGCAGGUCGACGAGUCCUUCCGGAUCCGCGACGUGGAGAUCUCCCAGGUCACCAUCGUGGGGAUCGUCCGGCACGCUGAGAAAGCACCGACCAACAUUCUCUACAAAGUGGAUGACAUGACUGCAGCCCCGAUGGACGUCAGGCAGUGGGUCGAUACUGAUGAGGCAGGUGGUGAGAAUGUUGUGGUACCUCCAGGAACUUAUGUCAAAGUAGCUGGUCACCUUCGGUCUUUCCAGAAUAAGAAAAGUUUGGUGGCCUUUAAGAUAAUGCCUCUGGAAAAUAUGAAUGAGUUCACCACACACAUCCUGGAGAUUGUCAAUGCACAUGUGGUCCUCAGGAGAAAUCUUAUGGAAGCAUCGAGAGGGCCGCAGGCAUUCCCCUCCGCUGGCGUGGGUAGCUAUGGAGGAGUCUGCAGCCUGCCCUUGAACGGACUCACAGCCCAUCAGAGCCAGGUGCUGAACUUGAUUAAGAACUGCCCUGUCCCAGAAGGCAUGAGUCUUCAGGAGCUGAAGGCUCAGCUCCACAGUAUGAGCAUGUCAACAAUCAAGCAAGCUGUUGAAUUUCUGAGCAGUGAGGGACACAUCUACUCCACUGUGGAUGAUGACCACUAUAAGUCGACGGAUGCUGAAUGAGGUUGGCCCCAGCUGGAUUUAGUUCUGAGCAAAUUCUUGUGUCAAAUUAUCCUGCCAAGCCUUGCCGUGCAGAAGGUGAUCUUUGCUCUUUCUAGCCUGUGGAAAUCCCAGUUCCUCUGUGAGUGCCUCCCCUUGGAUUCCAGGGACAAGCAGAAGGUAGAGACUUGGUUACCUGCUGUGGCUAUGUGACUGAAAGCAUCAACAGACAUGGGAGAGUUGCACUCUGAAAGCUCCAGAGCCUGGGAUUUGCUUUUGGCUUUUCAGAGGAUGCUUGUGUUAGAAAGAAAAAACCCUUUCUAAUCUUGUCCUCUGGUCCUGGGCAGAUUGUCUUUGUUUCUAGAGCUGUUUCUCCUAGCUCACAUUUCAUUCCGUGUCAUUUCAUUUCAUGUCAUUUCAUUCACACAUUGGUGGGUAGCCAAGAGGAGGAUUUCACUCCUGUACAGUAAUCAUGAGUAGAUUUUUAAUUGGGUUAGCCCAUGCAUUUGGCUCUCUAUUUGUACUGACAGGUAUUUUGUUACCAGAGCUUUGGAGUGGUUCAAUAAAAUUUUAACUUGGUUAGUCUUGGA